AAUAUUACCUACCAUAGGGCUCAACUCCAGAAGACAGCCACUCUCUUCACAUUACCUUAUCUACUUGUCAAAAGAACACCUGGGGUGAUUUACUCGAGAAGCUUGUUCCUCAGGCCUUGUUCCUCGCCAUUGCAGAAGAUGUUGAAUACAGACAUUCUCUUCCUCUUGAUUACCUGAAACACAUGGGUGUUGCCAACUGUGAUACUGAGAGCCCUGAGCGAGAUGAAUUCUUGAAGAAAAUUCACCAUCUUCUCAGCAAGCUAGUACAAUUUGCUCCCAUUGACUCGGCUGUGGAUCAGAUGGCCAAAACCUUUAUUCAUGAUUGUCUUCCUCCAGUGUUUACAGAAAGAGAGAAGCAAUGCAGUAUCCAUGGGAGUGGUGAAAGAUGGGAUGAUGGUCAGGUGGUUGGAGCUACAGAACUAGAUCCCGAUACAGAAAUCAAAAUCAUUCGACAAGGAGCAGUACGGCUGGUAAUGGAAGAGGAGUACGUUCGAUUAUACCACACCGUAGAGAACUCUCGUAUUUACCAUGAGGAAGAACCUCAGUACAUAGAUAUUGGGGGAGAAAGAGCUCCUGCAGUGGAAUUCCUUCUGCACAGUUACCCAGAAUACGUUACUAUUGAUCACUUGCCUCUACCAACCUUGGAAGAAAAGAUGGAUCUUGCCUCUCUUUUAUACGACAAAGGACUUAUUGUCACGCGGGAACCUCUGCCUGAAAACGACUGAUUCUACUGUUUUGUAGAAGAAUUUGAUGAAUUAUUGGUCCGAAGUAAUUGAUCAUGUGACUAAUUUCAAGAAGUGAUUAAAAUUGUAAAUUCUCUUAGUUUUUA